AUGGUGGUCCCUGAAACCUCUGUCAUUCAGCAUGAUCAUCUGAUAGUGGCCAACAGCAGUAUGGAUACAGAAGCUGAAUCUGACUACAGUCCUGACCUGAAGGAAGUGCGCAAGCUUCAGGAACUGGUCAGAAGACUGGAAAUUCAGAACCAGCAGCUGAGGGUAAAGAAGACUGCACAGAGCAGCAAUGACACUGGUGUUGAUAAUCAUCUCUCUACAAUUCACUGUACUGGAGUCAUGAACAGCAUGAACAUUCAGCCUGACAUGGGAGACCUGGAGAUCAUCCCCAACCUUCAUUCUAAACUGGAUCCAAGUCACUUAGAAAAAGAAAACAUCCCUCGUAUAAGGAUGGACUCACAAGUGCAGUAUGAAAAGGUGUGUGCUGACUCUAUGCUUGCCAACAAGGGAGGGAAUCACUGUGAUAUGGACGAUAGCUCUUUCUUUAGCCUGGAUAUCAGCAGCAGAAUGGAGCAGGAGGAAAGCUCUGGCAGUAUGUCUGAACGGGGCUCCAGCGGGGAUUCUGGGGAUGUUUUGGAUGAGACGGCCUUUGAUGAGGUUGAUGUUCUGGAGCUGGACUCAUGCAGUGAUGAUGAGGAAGACUGCUGGCUUUAUGUCUCUCCAAAGAAGCAUGCAAAGGCAGAGCAGAAAACUGAUUCUCCCUUAAAAUGGUGUCGCCAAGUGCUGGAUCACCACAGUCCAGAGACGGAGGCUGCUUGUCGGACAUUAAUAGGCAAGCUUGAUCAAGCAAGUAGAUGGAAAAGCCUUUACUGCAGCCCACUGGCAUCACCAAGUGCAUAUAACGCCAACAAUGAGAGCGGCAGUUGUAGCAAUACACUAAAUUCACCGGGGUGCCUCAAAUCCACUAACAAAGCACUACUAACCUGUGGCAGCUCAGGGUAUUUGGGUGUCCAUUCUGCACUCAGCUCUCAGUCGUCUGUGGACAGUGAACUGAGCACAUCAGACGAUUCCAUAUCUAUGGGCUACAAACUCCAAGAUUUGACUGAUGUGCAGGUUAUGGCCAGACUGCAGGAGGAAAGUCUCAGGCAGGACUACGCCUCCAGCUCAGCGUCUGUUUCCAGGCGCAGUUCCAGCGCCUCCCUCCACUCUCUGAGAAGAGGAACAUUUAGCGAUCAGGAAUUUGACACGUAUAGUCUGGAGGAUGAGGAUGACUACGACUGUUCUUUGUCUUACCGCAGUUCACACCGCUAUUCCCCAUCACCUCUCAGUUCACCUCGAUGCCAAUCACCCUCCACAGUGGGGGACAGCAGUCGAAGCAGCGCUUCUCGCAUAAGACCUCCUCGCAGAUCUAUGCAAAAUCACGGGCAGGAUCGGAUGAAGUACCCAAGUUGUGAAGAUGACUUGCGGCACAGUAUGCCCAAUCUUGCAAAAACAAGUUUACGUUCUCUGGAGGCGGUGAGAAGCAGCCGGAGCUUGGAGUCCGAUCUUCAGGGUCCGAGCAGCCGACUGAGCAGGAUUCAGCAGCCCUCAACUAGUAAUCCCCCAGGUAAAAUGAGGUACAGCUCUGGCCAGCCAGCAGCUCUCCGUCAGCCAGUUAAAGCGGGUUUAAGCACAAGUUCACUCCUGAAUUCCAAGCAGCCAAUGAAAUCAUCUGGUUACAAUAGUACAAGUGGUCUUCGUAAAAUGCAAUCUUCACCUGGCUUAAAUCCAGCCAUCCCUGGUGCUGUUUCUAGAUCAGGAAACUUUCCACCCACAAUGAAGCACUCAGGUGGAAAAGCUCAGUCCUCUGCAGGGUGUGCAACUCCCAAAAGCAAGAUGAUGCAACCGUCUAAAAGAUCGGUUUCCUCAAAGUCAAACACACUGGAUGACGACGACUCUUGGAAAGAAGGAUGCUAUUAA